AUGAAUUCCUGCUGCUCUACAUCCUCACAAGCAUUUGGUGUUGUCAGGGUUCUGGAUUUUGACCAUUCUAAUAGUUGCUGCAAAGAGGACCAGAACUGCCAACCAAAAUGUCCUGCAGAUCAACUUACUUCAGACCUCCUGCAUCGUGGAGCCUCUUCUGUUAUACAACCAACAAAAUUUCUUGAUUUUAAAGCAGCUCGUCCUUCUCCGAUGCUUAAAGGCAUUUCACGUAAAAGAAGUAAAAUUUCCUCAUCUUCAUCAAAUAUGCCUUUUUACCCAGAUUUCCUUGAAAGAAGACGUUCUUUAUUUCCUAAAUUUCAGAAAAGCAGUAUGUCCUUUCAUUCUGUACAAAGUAGAGCUAACUUUGAUUCUGAAGAAAAAAGAAGCUUCAGUGAUUUAAAGUCGCCCUCAGAACACUUUCGCUUUAGAUCCAGAAGUAUUUUCUGUACCCCGAAACUAAGCAUAAUUUCCUGUUAUGAGAAUGCUAGUACUUUUGAUGCAAGUAGUUCAUGCAUAUUUAAUCCAAAUGAAGUUGAAAUCAUUUCUAAAAACUCGAAUAUUACUGGUGCUGAAAAAUAUAUACACUCUUAUCCUCCUGAAUGUAACACUACCUAUUUUAUGAAUUCUAAAUCAAAAAUGAAUUCCUCUGCCGGUUGGGACACUGUUGCUACCUUGCAUCAAAGCAAAGCAACCAUGCUUACUCUUCCAAGUAUUAUUUCCUAUUCCUCUGAACAACAUGGAAUUGACAAUGAUAUUCAAGAAAGAGACCAGUUAAGGAGCAAUUCUGUUUAUCCUACUUUUCAAAGUCACAGUAGAAACACUUCUCCAGCUAUGGUUCAACAGCAUCCCUCUCAAAGCGUAACAUGCCCUGUUCUCAAUAACGUUGAAUUUACUUCAUUUUAUAAAAAUGUUAGUGGCUUUGCACUACCUCAAAAUGAAGUUACCUCAGAUCCCUUUGAAGACGAAAACAAUGCUCUCUCAUUUAAAGAUGAAGACAAAUCUUCACUUAAUGAAAUUCCUAAAAUAAGGUCACCUUAGACUUUACCCUCUCUUGGAAGGGCAGCUCAAACCAGAUGCUCUCCCUGCAGGCAGAGUAUAUAUAUGGGCUGUAGAAAUCACUGCUCAGCUUUCAAGAAGUCUCCCUUGCUAAGCUUCCCUGCACUUUCUGAAAAAGAUUUCUACAUUGCAGUCUAAAUUUAACGUUAUUUUCUGUAUUUUUUAAAGAUAGUUUAUUAACAUUGGAAUAUGGAAGUCAAAGA